GCUCUCCAGCUGUCCGGCCCCUCUGCUGGUGACUGGGAGAAGUUAGUCACCCGCAGCCCGAACCCAGCGUGCGUCCCAGCGCUAAGAGACCGGGAAUGGGGAGGGAAGAAACCCGGUGUGGCUGGCGGGACGCAAGAGGAGCGCAGGGCAAGGGGGCGCGCGGGAAGCGGAAAGCCCUUGGCUGGUGGAUGCAAGUCUGCGAGGCUGGAGCGCACCAGCGUGCAAAGGGGAAAAACUUGCGGCAGCAACUUCCUACCGAGGGAAAGAAAAGCACGAGAGAAGGAGGCAGGGAGAGACUUGAAAUGUCUCAGUAACUUUAAAAACACACCAAAACACCCCUUCAGGAGAUGAGGAUGGCAUGCCGCUAUAAAUUCAUUGUUCCACCUCCUCGCAUCUUCACAGCGCUCGCGCUGCUCUCCGCGCUCGCAGCGGCCGACUGGGGAUGACGGCGGGCAGGAAGACACUGCAUCCGAAGGGACACUGACGCGCCGCUUCACUGGCUCGCCGCAGGCCGCCCCUUGCAUUUUUGCCUUAAUUUUUAUGGCUUUUUUUCUUCUCUUUCUUCCCUUCCUGCUGGUUCCAGUAGAGUCAAGGAAACCCACAAAAUAGGAAAGGAAGCGGGCUCUGGAGCUUGAAACCUCCGCUGCCGGCGAGUCCCGAGCAGCAAGGGGGCAGGAGGCAGCACGCACCAGUUGCCCGUCCGGUGCACGGCACCUUCCUUACUUUCCUCGGUGCAUCGGUCGUGGUUGUGUUUGGGUUUGGAUUUGGAUUUUUCCCCUUUCCUCGUACUUGCUGCAUCUUCACAACUCGGCUUUUUUUUUUUUUUUCCUUUUUCUUUUUUUUUUCCCUCCUCUCUUUCUGGAGCACGAAUCCAAACAUUUUCCAAAGCAACAAAGAAAAGUUCGCACGCUGGCAGUGCGGCCGGGACAAACUGGCGCUGCUGCCGGGUUCCCUUCCCUCCGACACUUGACUCAACCUUGCAAGCAAGUGUAUGUGUGUCCCCACCUCCCGCCCCGGUAACUUCCAGAGCGAAUAACAGAUACCCAUAACAUCCCCAUCGCGCAGCCCCUCCCCGAGGGCAGCGCACUAUGCUGCUCGGGUGGGCUUCCCUGCUGCUGUGCGCGCUCCAUCUGCCCCUGGUCGCGGUCGGCCCCGCCGCGGCACCUGCCCAGGAUAAAGCCGGGCAGCCUCCGGCUGCUGCAGCUGCCUCACAGCCCCGCCAGCGGCAGGGGGAGGAGGCGCAAGAGCCGGCAGAGCCUCGCGGCCACCCGCACCCCCUGGCGCCGCAGCGCAGAAGCCGCGGGCUUGUGCAGAACAUCGACCAGCUCUACUCGGGCGGCGGCAAGGUGGGCUACCUCGUCUACGCGGGCGGCCGGAGGUUCCUCCUGGACCUAGAGCGGGAUGAUUCGGUGGGCGCCGCUGGCUUUGUGCCCGCAGGAGGCGGGCCGAGUGCAACCCGGCGCCACCGGGGCCACUGCUUCUACCGGGGCACGGUGGACGGCAGUCCCCGCUCCCUGGCUGUCUUUGACCUCUGCGGUGGUCUCCGCGGCUUCUUCGCAGUCAAGCACGCGCGCUACACUUUGAAACCGCUGCUGAGCUGGCCCUGGUCUGAGGCCGAGUCCGGGCGUGUGUAUGGGGAUGGGUCCGCGCGGAUACUGCACGUCUACACUCGCGAGGGUUUCAGCUUUGAGGCCCUGCCUCCGCGCACCAGCUGCGAGACCCCGGGGUCCCCGCCCCGGCCCCGUGAGCGCCCCCCGCAGCACAACAGCCCGAACCGACGCUGGACGCUGGCCCCACAGCUCUCUGACCAGGCUCCCUCGUCGGAUGGGAGUCAGGGACCACAGACGUGGUGGCGGAGGCGGCGCCGCUCCAUCUCCCGGGCCCGCCAGGUGGAGCUGCUCCUGGUGGCUGACGCGUCCAUGGCGCGGAUGUAUGGGAGGGGGCUGCAGCAUUACCUCCUGACCCUGGCUUCCAUCGCUAACCGCCUGUACAGCCACGCCAGCAUCGAGAACCACAUCCGCCUGACGGUGGUGAAGGUGGUGGUACUGGGAGACAAGGACAAGACCCUGGAGGUGAGCAAGAACGCUGCCACCACCCUCAAGAACUUUUGCAAGUGGCAGCACCAGCACAACCAGCUGGGGGAUGACCACGAGGAGCACUACGACGCGGCCAUCCUGUUUACUCGGGAGGAUUUAUGUGGGCAUCAUUCAUGUGACACCCUGGGAAUGGCAGACGUUGGGACCAUAUGUUCUCCCGAGCGCAGCUGUGCUGUGAUUGAAGAUGAUGGCCUCCACGCAGCCUUCACCGUGGCUCACGAAAUUGGACAUCUGCUUGGCCUCUCCCAUGAUGAUUCCAAAUUCUGUGAAGAGAAUUUUGGUUCCACAGAAGAUAAGCGCUUAAUGUCCUCCAUCCUGACCAGCAUUGAUGCAUCCAAGCCUUGGUCCAAAUGCACCUCAGCCACCAUCACAGAAUUCCUGGAUGAUGGUCAUGGUAACUGUUUGCUAGACCUCCCACGCAAGCAGAUCCUCGGCCCCGAGGAACUCCCGGGACAGACCUACGAUGCCAGCCAGCAAUGCAACCUGACCUUCGGGCCCGAAUACUCCGUGUGCCCAGGCAUGGACGUCUGCGCCCGCCUCUGGUGCGCUGUGGUGCGCCAGGGCCAGAUGGUGUGUCUGACCAAGAAGCUGCCAGCUGUGGAGGGGACGCCAUGUGGGAAAGGCAGGAUCUGCCUGCAGGGCAAGUGUGUGGACAAAACCAAGAAAAAAUAUUAUUCGACAUCAAGCCAUGGCAACUGGGGGUCUUGGGGGUCCUGGGGCCAGUGUUCUCGCUCAUGUGGAGGAGGAGUACAGUUUGCCUAUCGCCACUGCAAUAACCCGGCCCCCAGAAACAGUGGCCGCUACUGCACAGGGAAGAGAGCCAUCUACCGCUCCUGCAGUGUCACGCCCUGCCCGGCUAAUGGUAAAUCUUUUCGUCAUGAGCAGUGUGAAGCCAAAAAUGGAUAUCAGUCGGAUGCAAAAGGAGUCAAAACAUUUGUGGAAUGGGUUCCCAAAUACGCAGGUGUCCUGCCGGCAGACGUGUGCAAACUGACCUGCAGGGCUAAGGGCACCGGCUACUAUGUGGUGUUUUCACCAAAGGUGACUGAUGGAACGGAAUGCAGGCCGUACAGUAAUUCUGUCUGUGUCCGGGGGAAGUGCGUGCGGACAGGCUGUGAUGGCAUCAUUGGCUCCAAGCUGCAGUAUGAUAAGUGUGGAGUGUGUGGAGGAGACAACUCCAGCUGCACAAAGGUCGUUGGGACCUUCAAUAAAAAAAGUAAGGGUUACACUGACGUUGUAAGGAUCCCUGAGGGGGCAACUCACAUAAAAGUCCGACAGUUCAAAGCCAAAGACCAGACUAGGUUCACUGCCUACUUAGCCCUGAAGAAGAAAAAUGGUGAGUACCUUAUCAAUGGAAAGUACAUGAUCUCCACUUCGGAAACCAUCAUUGACCUCAAUGGAACAGUCAUGAACUACAGUGGUUGGAGCCACAGGGAUGACUUCUUGCAUGGGAUGGGCUACGCGGCCACGAAGGAAAUUCUGAUUGUGCAGAUUCUUGCAACAGACCCAACUAAAGCAUUAGAUGUCCGUUACAGUUUUUUCGUUCCCAAGAAGUCCACUCCAAAAGUAAACUCGGUCACCAGCCAGGGCAGCAAUAAAGUGGGAUCGCACACUGCAGAGGUGCAGUGGGUGACUGGCCCUUGGCUCGCCUGUUCUAGAACCUGUGACACGGGCUGGCACACCAGGACGGUGCAGUGCCAGGAUGGAAACCGGAAGUUAGCGAAGGGAUGUCUUCUCUCUCAGAGACCUUCCGCAUUUAAGCAAUGCUUGCUAAAGAAAUGUUAGCCUGUGUGGUUGUGACCUUCUGCAGAGGUAACUGGAUGGUUCAUCACUGAUGGAGUCAUGGCGAUCAAGAGGUCAACUUCAAGCACACACAUGUCACACUUCAGUGUCAUUAUCAACGGGAAUCCGAUGAUGGGCAGAAUCUGCCCUCAGCAACCAAAUGAAGAUGUGCGACCUUGGAAUACAGAAAAACUUGGGCGUUAGUGAACACCCCUGGGUCUACAAGAGUGUUGCAACACUGAUGAAUGUAGAAUCAGGGGACAUCUGAAGAUGGCAGAGCAGUCUUCCCCUUGUCACCUACCUCUUAUAGAAUGUCUUCAAAGGCAUCGUAAUCAUUUUCAUGCAUAUGACACAGUAGUUUAUUUUUACUGUUUGUAAAUACAUUCUUCCUUGGUAUGUCACUUUAUAUCACUCGAUUCUAUUAAAUAUAUAUAUAUAUAUAUUUCUAUAAAAAAGUGUUUGACCAAAGUAGGUCUGCAGCUAUUUCAACUCCUUCUAGUUUCCAGAAAGAGCUGUGGAUGUUUUACUGGAAAUUAAGAACUUGCUGCUGUUUUAAAAAGAUUUAGUAUACAUUCAGACUACAGGAGAUCACAUUUUCGUCAAAAACCCUUUUGACAGCAAGCAUCUUCUGAGAAAUUCUGAAAAGGAAAAGGAUCUCAGUGUAUUUAGUCAUUUAACUAUAUGCAGGGGUCCAUGUAUUUAAACAUUUGACUGCCUGUAUUUUUUCAGGCAGCCAAACAAAUCAAUGCAUAAUUAGGAGAUAGAAGUAGUGUUUGUGUGUGUGUAUGUUAUUAGUAUUCAAGAGUAUAAAAAUUCGUUUCCUUCCACCGGAAUUUAAAAGGAAAAAAGAAACAUGCUUUACCAUAUUUUCAAGUUAUAUUUUCAUAGCUGCUUUCUCUUUCCAUGGCUCCCAUCUGAUAUCUCACAGCCUGUAAUGUGCAUACAGAACACACAGCAGAGAGUUUUCUACCACCUUCAACACUGGUAUACCUCUUACCAGCAAGCCUUUAACACAUACUUUGUUUUCGCUUGUUUGUUUGUUGUGUUCAGGGGUUCCAUAGGACCUACAGUGUUUUGUACUUCUUGUUGACUUAGUUUAAAGAUCACUUGGAGUUAGCCACAUCUAAAAGUGGUUAUCAUUAACGUGGCUAGUGCAGGAAAAAAAAAAAAAAAAAGGUUGGUAGUAAUAAGACUGUUUCCACACCAUAGGCAAUAAUUCCUUGCAUUUUUUUUUAAAUCAGAGUAUACUGAUACUGUACUUAAGAUUUUUCACAAUUAGAAUGCAUGUGGUUGUACCAGUAAGUGUUUGGGUGAAGAAAUGUGAUGAUUUUUGCAAAGUUUGCUUUUAUUUCUGUAGCCUGUCUAGGUAAGUGGUGAGUUUGAAUAGUUAUCUGCGCAAAAAUCUCAUAGACAGUAAACUGAAUCCCUCUACCCCUUAGUUCAGAAAAUCUAAGAUGUUUCAUUUCACUGGUAUUUCUUUUUCUUUGUGAAAUAUCACAAAGUUAUUUGUUUUUAUAAAAUUUUAUAAUAACCAUACCAAAUGUGCCUAUUUUUAAAGAUUUGCAUAUAAGGAUAUUAAGGAACUAUUAUUGUUUGAGUUUCCUUAAGCUCAUGAGAGUUUAUUUUUAUUAUUAGAUAUUUUUAAUAUAAAAGGAUUAUGUAAUUGAUCUUGUGGUAUAGCACAUUCAUUUCAGUAGACCAAGGGAAUGGAUGUCUCACUGUUUUAAGUAUUUUCUUAAGGAAUAAUUUGGUAAAACAAAUAAUUGUUUUACAAAACUAUCCAUUUUCCUUUGAAUUUUCAUAGGCUGACUUUGCUUUAGAUGUGGUCCUUUUUUCCUUAAUAAAUUACCAGUUAGAGAAAGGAGGCCUAUACAAGACUGGUAACCUCCAUUUGAUGGAGGUCACUGGAUAUCAGGGACAGAGAGCAAAGCUAUUCAUACCUGUCAGAAAAAAAAAUAAUAAUAAUAAAAAUCACAUCAACCAUUUGACCAUGCAGAGAGAAUUAAUAGAAAGGUCAAGUUUACUUUUCCCAAUAUAUAAAAUAACUUGAAUCAAGUAAUUUUAACUAUGACACUUUUUUUUUAAUCUUUUGUGGUUAUAUUGACAGCAACAUUAAAAAAUAAUUGAAAAGCAAAGAUGAUUGUUUUCUACUCUGCUUCUCCAUAUUGUAUUCACAGAUUUUUAAUAUGAUUUAUCAAUGAUGCAUUUUUCCCCAAAUAAUGAAGUUUUACACUUCUCAUGAGAACAAUCUUAGAGAGCUUAAAACUAAUAAACCACUAUUCCAUGUUUUGAAGGAGUUUUUUUGUUUUUUCGUUUUUUGUUGUUUGGUUUUGGGUUUUUUGUACGGAUAUCGACAGAGUGACAAAGGAAUGUUUGUCUAAAUUCCUGAGAAAAUAUAUAGACUGGAAACUGAAAUUCAGAGAAAUGGAGUGUUUGGUAGACAUAGAGAAUGAUGAGCAAAGGAAAAAUCCUCUAUAAAAUCCUCUAUAAUGCAAAAUAAUUUAGUCCAGUUUCAAGCUGGAUAUGCCUUUUACUUUCCAUAGUUACAUCUUGAAAGAAGAACCUAGGGUUCAGGAUCCUAGGGACUAUGUCCUCAAAAAAAAAAGUUUGAAAUGCUCAGGUUAGAAAGAAUCUAAUCUAAUUCACAAAACUAAAUACUCCAGGUUAAGUUUCAUUAGCUACAAAGGGAGCUGGAAAAAAAUAGCAUGUAUUUCUUUUAGAAUAGAAAAUGUCAAUUGAAGUCCCCCCCUUGUUAUUAAGUUCAAGGACAUUGUUUUAGUUUAUUCAACGAAUUCAACUUCCUCUGCCUUCCUGUGGAAACAGUUUUAGUGCAUUGAGAAUGAAGGGAUUAAUCACAAGCAAACAAAAAAGUUGCAGCACUGAAAAAAAAAAGUAAUUUAUUGUUUUUGCAACUGGUAUGUGAAAAUUUGUGUGAUAAAUUUAUUUAUUCUUAUUUAACAAAACUAUGUGCAAAUUCUUCUAUAUUUAAAGUGUUUUGCUGUUGUCCUACUUUUUAAUUUAUGCUUCAUGUUUGUGUAUAAAGUACACUUUGUGAGUUUACAUAAUAUACGGCACUGGUUGCUUUUGUAUUUUUUUUUUUUUACAGAAAGCUUUCUGUGUGAAACGUGUAUAUGUUUCUCGUGUACUCUUAUUCUGAUACUCUCAUUUUCCUUUCUAAGGAAAUUUUAAACUUAAUCUUUCAUGACUAGUAGUAUUCAUUACUUGUCGUUACGUUAAUAGGUCUUUUGGGUUCCAAUGAAUACUAAUUUUUCCAAGUCACAGAUAAGAGCACUUAUUCAAGCAACUAAGGUCUUAAGUUUUACAUUAGGGUACAUAGAUAGCCUGGAAGCUUCCCACAGAAGCUAAGACACAGUUCAGCACCAGGUCCAUGAUUUUCAUUGAUAAACUUGGGCAAGGAACUGUUGACCUAUCACAGCCUCUAAGUGAUAUCAACAAUACUAAAACCAAAUACUGUCUUUUGCUGCUUUAGAAACCUUCCUUAAAAUUAACAUGAGUUAAUCUCUAGUAUCUUUAAGAUUUGAUAGAUGAGAGUGAACAAAUUGGAUUUAAAUGAUUCAAAUGCUAGUAAUCAUAACAGUUUCUAUAUGUCUGGGAUCUCUGUUGAUACAGUGUGACUUUUUACUACUACAAAUUAAUCUCCUGAAGGGAGAAGCAAGAACACCUCUGAUCAUACCAGCUUGCCCCUGACUGAUUUUACAGUCUAGUCCCAGUGAAAAGGGAAAGCAUCUCUGGAUACACAACUGAGCAGAUCAAUCUCUGGUCCUGAUAUUUCUCCCUUUGACCCCUUCCUUAUUAACAAGGUCAUCGCAACAGUUCAUGUGAGAACAGCAACCUUAUUCAAAGCUCAGGACCUGUACUAUAACUUUGAGUUCACUGUUUGUGAAAUAAGAUUGGAUUUAAUAAUGGCUGGAUUUUGUUAAUAGUUUAUGGCAGAGUGUGAAAUCUCAUUGGCAUGAUUGGUGACUGUUACUAAUCUAUUUAUAGUUAAACUUGAGGCUAUAAAAAUAACAACGUUUCAAAGCGACAAAAUAAAUGAAAAACUUGAGGUCACACAAAGCUAUCAUAGAACCGAGGGCAGGGUCAGGGGGAUCUAUCAUUUAGACUCAGAGCAAAAGAAAUUGUAUGUUUUCUCAACUAUUUUUUCAUUUGCCAACAAUUUGCAGGUUUAGAUUGUCAAACAGGUAGAUCAACUUAGCUCACUAGCCCACUGAAAAGUGUAGUCUUUCUAAUGGCUCCCUGGUAGCAUGAACAAAAAUGACUUCUCAAGUUAUAUCAUAUGGAACACAUCAGUCAACACUGCAUAACUGAGUGUCCUAUUCAAUUAAGGUAUGAGAAUAUAUUGAAACACCAACCCAUGCAUUUGUGAGCCAGAAAAUGGGAAUAUAUGUAGUGUUCAGAAAAGCAUUCAAUCUGGCAAAUAUCUUACCGGUGCCAUGAUAUCUUAAUUCUCAAGGCAAAUUUUGUAGAACAAAUAAAGGAAUGUGUUGUUAGAAAACCUCGGUUUUAAAAGGGAAAGGGACUGAAACAUAUAUUCAUUAACUCUGUUCAUUGCACCCUCUUACUAUCUUAGCUCUAAGAAUAAGUGUGCUGUCUGUGGUCCUCAUCUCAUAGCUCCAGCUGGUCCUUGUGCACUGCCAUAGGUCAAAUGAAAAAAUAAAGGCCCAUCAUCCUAGAAGUCACUGCCACAUCAGAGUGACCCAAGUCUAACACUGUGAGGAAAACUGUGAUUUAUAAAUAAAACAGGGCAUUCUUUUUUUUUUUUUUUUUAAAUCUUCCUUUGGAACAUCUAGUGAACAAUUGUAAUCUUUAUCAAGGUGCUAACAUCUUCAGUGACCAACUGUCAAAUGUGGUAUUUCUGAGUUACUCUUUUAUUCUACAAGGUUUUUCAAUUUUCAAGAAAGAAUUCUAAGCAUUUUGUCAAGGCUGGGGCACCACCUGAUACUCCAGAUUUGGAAAGUGGUAUCGCAUGGUCAUUUGGAUCGGCAGUGUUUAAUGACAUAAGCUACACAUACAUCAAGGAUGUUUAAGGUGACAUCAAACUUAAUGAGCAUCAGGUUAGCGUAGCAGAUUUUUAGAUGAGUCUUGUUCCAUCACCUACUAAGCCAUCAGCAUUCUUUUCAAACAAACUUGUUUGUUUCUUAUACACAAAGGAACUUUUGUGUAUGUUUGGCCUGAUGCUGUUUAAGCUUUGCAAUAUUUUAUGUCCACAGUAAACACUUGGCUACUUACCUCUCUUUCUGUAGCAAUUCUCAACAUAUUAGAAACACUUUAUCCCAUACUGAGUAUAUCUAGGAUAGGAUUGUGUACUGUGUGUGACUUUUUGAAAUUAGACUUUGGGUUAAAAAAUAUAUAUUGUCUCUGGAUGGUAUUUCUGCAUCACACACUCCAGCAUGACAUAAAUGUAGGACUUGACAAAUAAUGCUAACAUUUUAUGCAUUACGAUGCAUUAAUCAGAGGAAAUCCUGCAUAUGCUUUGUAAAUAGUCUGCAGAUCACUAAACAGCUUGCAGAAAUAUGUUCAAUUUGAUAUAGGCAGUGGCAAGAAUAUUUGAUUUCUCUCUCAGAGUCUGUUAGUCAAGUCAGGUAAUAAGCCUAAAUAGGUAGAACUGAGAUUUUUGAAUGUUGAAAGAUGUUUUCAAGGUAGUGUAAAAUACUGAAGAUCUACAUGCUCUAUACAAGCAGGAAAAUGUAAGCUGCUUCUUACCCUCAAUUUUCCAGAAGUGAUGGAGUUUUUCAGUAAAUAUAAUGCUGUUGGAAAAACCAAAAAUGUCUUGGAAAACUAAGACAGGUCUUGUUUAAAAUGUCUCUUCAGCUUUGGGAAAUUUCAAACGUGAAUGGACUAUUGAAAGCAUUACUGUGUCUUGUAGCCUGCAUUCCACAACAGCUCUAUUAUUCAGGUAAACCACUUGAACUGAAACGUUUGGGAUCUAUACUGUACUAUUUUUCAUUAAGGAACAAUAUCCUAUUUUGUAAAGCAUUUCCCUAUGUGUGACUUUAAACUGUAAAAUGAAACAUUGGCUUUGUGGUUUCAGUGGGCAUAAUAAAUGUAAACUGUAAACUAG